AUGAGCCGCCGUGAAGAUUUUGAGGCUCAGCCGUUCAAUUCAGGAAGUGUUGAACAUGGGAGUAAUAAUAAUAAUGCCAUUAUGAAUAUGCCCUUUAACGAUGAUGCGUUACGAAUAUGCCAUUAUUGGAUGAUGGAAUUUCAUUUAGCAGAUAUGGCGCAAGAUACAAAAGCUUCUACCUUAUUAACAGGAGCACAAAUUAUCGCAAAAACAUUGAAACGGCAGAAUGUGACGGUGGUUUUUGGGAUUGUUGGGAUUCCUGUUAUUGAGGUCGCUGAAGCUAUUAUCGCUGAAGAUAUAAAAUUCAUUGGUUUUAGGAAUGAACAAUCGGCAAGUUAUGCUGCAAGCGCUUAUGGAUAUUUGACAGGAAGAGCUGGCGUAUGUCUAGUGGUUGGGGGACCAGGAGUAGUGCAUGCAUUGGCCGGUGUAGUUAAUGCACAGGUGAAUUGUUGGCCAUUACUUUUACUAGCCGGAUCUUCGGAUACAUAUCAAGUGGGAAUGGGCGCGUUUCAAGAAUUAGAUCAAGUGUCUUUGUGCCAAUUGAGUACAAAAUAUUCAGUAAGACCUCCAUCAAUCAGUAGAAUUCCGAGCAUAAUAGAAAAAGCUUUACGCACAUCAGCAUAUGGAAGACCUGGUCCUGUUUAUGUGGAUCUUCCGGCUGACUAUAUUCAAGGAAAGAUCGAGAGUGAUAAUGGUCUAAAUUUUCCAGGACCGAUUCCUGAGCCACCCAAAUCAUUAUCUGAUCCUGCGAGUGUACAAGCAGCAGUGGCAUUAAUAACAAAUGCUAAAGCGCCUUUAAUCAUUAUUGGAAAAGGAGCAUCAUUUUCACGUGGGGAAAAAGAAAUUUUAGAAUUUAUUAAUAAGAUGGGUAUACCGUUUCUUCCAACCCCGAUGGGAAAAGGGGUUGUUCCCGACUCGCACAUCUUAGGAGUAGCAGCCGCUAGAUCACAAGCGUUAGCAGGCACCGAUCUAAUUUUAUUAUUUGGCGCAAGAUUAAAUUGGAUUCUGCACUUUGGUUUACCGCCAAAGUACAAUAAAAACGUAAAAGUGAUACAAGUUGACAUUUACCCCGAAGAACAUCACAAUAAUCGUCGUGCCGAUGUCUCAUUACUCGGACAUCUUCCGCUUAUCGUUUCACAACUCCAAUCAGCGUUACCACCCUCUUACAAGUAUCCAUCAUCGUCGCCAUAUCUUGUUGAGUUACGGCAGAAAAUCGAGGCAAAUAUUAUCGCGACAGAGAAAAAAUUCAAGGACGAUGAGCUUCCGAUGAGUUAUCAUCGUGCUUUUUGGGAGAUUAAGAAACGGUUGCCGGCUAAAGAUGUGGUGUUUGUUAGCGAGGGAGCUAAUACGAUGGAUAUUGCGCGAUCGAUUUUUGAUGUACAAGAACCGAGGUGUAGAAUAGAUGCUGGGACGUUUGCAACCAUGGGUGUUGGAAUGGGAUUUGCUAUAGCUGCUCAAGUACAUUAUCCAAAUAAACGUGUUGUUGCAAUUGAAGGCGAUUCCGCAUUUGGAUUCAGUGCCAUGGAAAUAGAAACAGCCAUACGGGCAAAACUUCCCCUCUUAAUAAUCAUUAUCAACAACAAUGGAAUCUACAAAGGUCUAGACACAACAGACUAUACGGCAAUUCCCGAAAAUCGAUUACCCUCCACCGCACUACUGCCCGACGUACGAUACGAGUUGAUAGCGGAGUCUUGUGGCGGCGUUGGAUUUCUUGUAAAGACACCCGAAGAACUUGGGUACGCUAUUGAUGCUGCACUUGCGAAAGACCUUGCAGGAAAGUGUGUGGUGGUUAAUGUGUUGAUUAAGCCUGGGGGAAAUAAGAAACUUGAAUUUGGCUGGCUUCAGACAUUAAAGCCAAAGAUUUGA